AUGGAGUACGGGCGCUUUAGAGAGAGAAGGGAGCCAGAAUAUCCGUCCAUCUUCGACAUCUUUCCCUGUCAACCGACUCCAGGACCUGCCCCCCGCAUCAAGAAAGAAGAGGAUAAGGAUGAUAAACGGAAGGACGGCCGUGCAGAGGGCCAUGCUGUUGGGCGCGUCAAGAAGAGGAAGGCAGCCGAAGAAGCACCACCGUCUGAUGACCGCGAGCGCAAACACACCGAGCAGCGUCGCCGUCGCCGCAAGAGACGUGAGAAUAAACUGGUCGCUGCGCCGCAGGAAGGCCCUGCUGGGGUCCACGUUAUCGGGCGCUUCAAAGUGAAAAACGUCGAAGAAGAUAAUCCACCGUUUAAGAAUCAAGACCGCGACCCGCCUACACAGAGAGAGAUUUGCCCCGAGGAACGAGAUGUAAUACUGGUCAAUGCGUCGCAGGAGGGCCCCAGUGAGAUGGAUGGUGCCAAGAUGGAUCAAGAGGAGGAGAUAGUAGCUGAGUGCAUCGUCGGUGCUGUCAAGAUGGUGCAGGCCUGUCAAGAUUUGGAGGAUGAGGCAGCCGAAAGUCUCAUGGGUGCUGCCAAUUUGGGCAAAGUGUCUGGAGAGAUUGAGAAAGGGGCAUAUGAGGUUCAUGUGGAUGCCGCUAAUAUUGAUACAGUAUGUGGAGAUGAGGAUGAAGGGGCAGCUAAGGGUCUCAUGAACGCUGCGAAGAUGGAAGAAGCCUGUCAGGAUUUAGAGGAGGAGGCAGCCGAUAGUCUGAUCGGUCCUGCCAAGAUGGGCGAAGUGUCUGGAGAGAUUGAGGAAUGGGCAGAUGAUGGUCUCAAGGAUAAUGGAGAGAUUGACACAGUAUGUGUAGAGGAGGAGGAAGAGGCAGCUAAGGGCCUUGUGAAUGCUGGAAAGAUGGAACAAGCCUAUCAAGAUAUAGAGGAUGAGGCAGCAGAGAGUCUGAUGGGUGCUGCCAAGAUGGGCGAAAUGUCUGGAGAGAUUGAGGAAGGGGCAGAUGAUGGUCUCAUGGAUGCUGGAGAGAUUGACACAGUAUGUGUAGAGGAGGAGGAAGAGGCAGCUAAGGGCCUUGUCAGUGCUCAAAAGAUGGAACAAGCCUAUCAAGAUAUAGAGGAGGAGGCAGCCGAGAGUCUGAUGUGUGCUGCCAAGAUGGGCGAAGUGUCUGGAGAGAUUGAGGAAUGGGCAGAUGAUGGUCUCAUGGAUGCUGAAGAGAUUGACCCACUAUGUGUAGAGGAGGAGGAAGAGGCAGCUAAGGGCCUUGUGAAUGCUGGAAAGAUGGAACAAGCCUAUCAAGAUAUAGAGGAGGAGGCAGCUGAGAGUCUGAUGGGUGCUGCAAAGAUGGAUAAAGUGUCUGGAGAGAUUGAGGAAGGGGCAGAACAUGGUCUCAUGGAUGCUGGACAGAUUGACCCAGUAUGUGUAGAGGAGGAGGAAGAGGCAGAUAAUGGCCUUCUCAACGCUGAAAAGAUGAAACAAGCCUAUAUAGAAGAGGAUGCAGCCGAGUGUCUGAUGGGUGCUGCCAAGAUGGGCAAAGUGUCUGGAGAGAUUGAGGAAGGGGCAGAUGAUGGUCUCAUGGAUGCUGGUGAGAUUGACCCAGUAUGUGUUGAAGAGGAGGAAGAGGAAGCUAAGGGCCUUGUGAAAGCUGAAAAGAUGGAACAAGCCUAUCAAAAUAUAGAGGAGGAGGCAGCCGAGAGUCUGAUGGGUGCUGAAAAGAUGGGCGAAGUGUCUGGAGAGAUUGAGGAAGGGGCAGACGAUGGUCUCGUCGAUGCUGGAGAGAUUGAUCCAGUAUGUGUAGAGGAGGAGGAAGAGGCAGCUAAGGGCCUUGUCAGUGCUGAAAAGAUGGAACAAGCCUAUCAAGAUAUAGAGGAGGAGGCAGCCGAGGGUCUGAUGUGUGCUGCCAAGAUGGGCGAAGUGUCUGGAGAGGUUGAGGAAUGGGCAGAUGAUGGUCUCAUGGAUGCUGGAGAGAAUGACCCACUAUGUGUAGAGGAGGAGGAAGAGGCAGCUAAGGGCCUUGUGAAUGCUGGAAAGAUGGAACAAGCCUAUCAAGAUAUAGAGGAGGAGGCAGCCGAGAGUUUGAUGGGUGCUGAAAAGAUGGGCGAAGUGUCUGGAGAGAUUGAGGAAGGGGCAGAUGAUGGUCUAGUGGAUGCUGGAGAGAUUGAUCCAGUAUGUGUAGAGGAGGAGGAAGAGGCAGCUAAGGGCCUUGUCAGUGCUGAAAAGAUGGAACAAGCCUAUCAAGAUAUAGAGGAGGAGGCAGCCGAGAGUCUGAUGUGUGCUGCCAAGAUGGGCGAAGUGUCUGGAGAGAUUGAGGAAUGGGCAGAUGAUGGUCUCGUGGAUGCUGGAGAGAUUGACCCACUAUGUGUAGAGGAGGAGGAAGAGGCAGCUAAGGGCCUUGUGAAUGCUGGAAAGAUGGAACAAGCCUAUCAAAAUAUAGAGGAGGAGGCAGCCGAGAGUCUGAUGUGUGCUGCCAAGAUGGGCGAAGUGUCUGGAGAGAUUGAGGAAUGGGCAGAUGAUGGUCUCAUGGAUGCUGCAAAGAUUGAAGCAGAAUGCGGAGAUGAGGAGGGAGGGGCAGCUAAGUGUCUCGUGAAUGUUGCGAAGGCGGAACAAGCCCCUAGAUAUCUAGAGGAGAACGCAGCAGAGAGCUUCAGGUGCGCUGCCAAGAUGGAAGAAGUCCGUGUAGAGGUGGAGGAGCGGGCAGUUGGAAGUCUUUGUAGCCAACUCUUGGGUGCCGCUAUUACCCACUGA